GGGAAAACUCGCGGCGUGAAUGUAGCCGCCAUUUUACAUCCUCCAGAGUGAAAGAGUGGAGCCGGAGCAGCGGCGGGGAUUUCGACUCUUUUUUUCUCUAUUCCCUCCCUUUCAGUACAACACUGUGGUCUAUUAUCAGGUAUGAUAAAAAAACGUACGCAUUGGUCACACGAACUGUUUUGUAGUUAUCGUCAAGUCCAGGAUAUGUUGUGUUUUCAAACAAAGUGGGAACUGGUUGGGACCUUUCUCCAGACCGGCUUUUUGAAAAUGGACUCCCCUAUGUGGCGGCACGUUGGCAAACUCGUUCACAGUCGAAGCGACUAACUAUUUCCCGUAGGUGUAUAAAGUAAUCACGAACGAGGGUGUUGAAUUUGGGAGACGCACUAAAGGUUGGGAAUUGUUUUCAGCAGAAGGUCAUGUGGCCACUGGAAACUAGGAUAAGUAAGCUAGUGUUAGCAAGCUAGCAAUGCAGUUUUCUUACAUUUGCUAGCUGGCUAACAACAUCAGCUUGCAAACUUCAUAAAGUUGUCCGGCAUUUCAAUGGCGAGUUGUCUGGGGUGGUGUGUGUAAUGUAGAGUCAUGAUAUUGACGCCACGGUGCACAAGGUUGUCUUGAGAUGGCUUGUUUUUCUACCAGACACCGCCUACUAAGUAGUAUUGCACACGUAGUUAGCUCGCUAUGUGGGUUCAUUGCCUGCCCAAGUUACUGUAGCUAGCUUGGUGAGUGUUCAAUUUUGCUAGCGUUUGCGUGUAGUGCAGCUAACCGUUUAGGUGUCCAGUCAGUUUGUGCAGCUUGUAGAUGCUAAGGUUAGCGGAGGCUCUCGCAUGGUUUGUGGUUGCACUCGCCCUAGAGAAGGGGAGUACCAGCAGAAUGCCCAAACACUUUCUGUGACUAAGUUGAUGUGAUGCAAGGGGUGCAGCUUGAUGGAAAUACAAAAGCAGUCCGUGCAAUUUAGCCAACUAAUUGGAUUAAGCUACCAAUUUGCUCUGCAAUCAACAUAGUCGUGUUUGCACAAGCAUACCCAAUGUACUGAGUACACAAAGUAGCCAACCCCUCCCAAUGUGCACUUAACGGAAUCUAUGCAUUGAUCUUAGAAUUUGACAAGCUAACAACUUGGAAUGCUAACAUUACCGUACAUUGUGGCGCGGCACAUGCUCGCUAGCAAAGUAACAUCACCGGAAACUGUGCUAAAGGAACACGUGUAUUAGCAGCCAGGGAGUGCUACAGCCCUUACCUUACCCCGUCAAUUUCUCCCGGUGCAAGCGUCAUUUGCAGGCAGACAUCAGGUACUUGAGCGUGCAUCUCCAGCUUGUUUGAAAUGUAUUUGGCGCGUGCUGAAAGUGUUCUUGCGUGAUAUUGUUAGCGGACUUGAGUGUUGUGUUUUGAUGGAAUAUGUGAGUCACUUUCUAGGAGACACGCUUUCAUUGUAAGCUCAAGAACAUGUUAAGCAAUCGGAGUUGAAGGGGGACGUGUCAUGUUUGCUUUAUAACUUGAUCCAUAAAUGUUCUGUCAAGCCAUAUGUUUUGCAAGGUGCAGGUAGAGACACCAGUAACUUGUAAUGUGGGUGUGCCAUCCCCAGCAUCAGUGUAUAAAACGCUGGUCAAUGGAUACUCUCUACACUUCCCAGCAUGGAUUCAAUUACAGAGCACCUCACCUUUGUCCAGUUUUGGAUUAAUUUGGCUGAUUGCAUCUGUGCAGAUCUGGAGACAUGGCCACAGAGCAUAUAAAUGGCAACGGUACUGAAGAACCAAUGGAGACCACUGCUGCAGUUACCCAUUCAGAGCACUUCCAGACUUUAUUAGACGCUGGUUUACCAAAAAAAGUUGCUGAAAAACUAGACGAAAUUUACAUAGCAGGGUUGGUAUCACACAGUGAUCUAGAUGACCGUGCAAUCGAAGCCUUGAAGGAAUUCAACGAGGAGGGUGCCCUGCAAGUACUACUACAGUUUAAGGAUAGCGAUCUCUCACAUGUUCAGAACAAAAGUGCCUUUCUGUGUGGAGUGAUGAAGACAUACAGACAGAGGGAGAAGCAGGGGACCAAAGUGUCAGAAUCCAGUAAAGGACCAGAUGAAACUAAAAUUAAAGCUCUUCUUGAGAGGACUGGUUACACACUUGAUGUGACGACGGGUCAGAGGAAGUAUGGCGGCCCACCUCCAGAGUCUACCCACACAGGAGCGCAGCCGACUGUCGGCACGGAGAUAUUUGUGGGCAAAAUCCCCAGGGAUCUCUUUGAGGACGAGCUGGUCCCCCUGUUUGAGAAGGCUGGACCCAUCUGGGACCUGCGUCUGAUGAUGGACCCACUGAGUGGCCUGAACAGAGGCUAUGCCUUUGUCACCUUCUGCACUAAAGAGGCUGCACAGGCAGCUGUCAAACUGUGUAACAACAGUGAAAUCCGACCUGGCAAACACAUCGGCGUGUGCAUCUCGGUAGCCAAUAACAGGCUGUUUGUCGGCUCGAUCCCGAAGAGCAAAACAAAAGAUCAGAUUGUGGAGGAGUUCGCGAAAGUCACCGAGGGUCUUAACGACGUCAUCCUGUACCACCAGCCAGAUGACAAGAAGAAGAACAGGGGCUUCUGCUUCCUGGAGUACGAAGACCACAAGACUGCCGCCCAGGCGCGCCGCAGGCUGAUGAGCGGCAAAGUCAAGGUCUGGGGCAACGUGGUGACCGUGGAGUGGGCCGACCCCAUUGAGGACCCUGACCCAGAGGUCAUGGCCAAGGUGAAGGUUUUAUUCGUGCGAAACCUUGCAAGUACUGUAACAGAAGAUAUACUUGAAAAGACGUUCAGCCAGUUUGGUAAACUGGAACGGGUGAAGAAGCUGAAAGACUACGCCUUCAUCCACUUCGAGGACAGAGAAGGAGCUGUCAAGGCGCUGUCUGAAAUGAAUGGCAAGGAGCUGGAGGGAGAACCAAUCGAAAUAGUUUUCGCCAAGCCCCCAGACCAGAAGAGGAAAGAGCGCAAGGCUCAGAGACAGGCAGCAAAGACACAGAUGUAUGACGAGUAUUAUUACUACGCCCCACCGCACAUGCCUCCGCCGACGAGAGGCCGAGGACGUGGAGGCGGUGCCCGAGGCGGCUACUCCUACCCUCACGACUACUACGGCUAUGAAGAUUAUUACAAUUACUACGGCUAUGACUAUCAUAACUACCGUGGGGGCUACGAGGACCCCUACUACGGCUACGACGACUUCCAGGCCACAGGGCGGGGCAGAGGAGGAGGAGGCCGAGGCGCCCGCGGGCCCUCCAUGUCCCGGGGCAGGGGGGGAGCCAGCGCCACGCCCAGGGGACGGGGAGGCCUGUCUCAGCGCGGAGGAGGAGGUCCUGGGACCAGUAGGGGCUCGCGCGGCUCCAGGGGCGGCAACCAGCAGAGAGGCCGUGUGCAGGGAAAAGGGGUGGAAGCUGGUCCUGACCAGUUAUGAAGACUGACUUGUUACAUGGGGUUACACCGGAAGCUGCCAGUGAUAUGAUGGUAAGGUCAACGCAAUGGUCCAAUGAUUUUCCAGCCUUACAGAAGCAUAUCUCCCAUACUGCCACCCUAAGAAUCAACGGAAAAAAUCAGAAAGCUUCGUGCUUGGACUUACUGUUGUCAAUGAUGGAAGCCUUGCAUUUUUAAAAGAAAAGAAAACAAAAAAAUAUGAUAUAAACAUGCCACCCUCUGUCAAAUGCCCCAAGACCACCCCCCUGUCCCUGCCCCUGCCCCGCCCCCAAAGCCCCAAAGGAUGCCAUUUCAAAUCAUUGAAGUUCAGUCAUCCUAAAGGAUGCUGAAAUGUCAAAUGAAUUUUGCACUUUUUGUUUUUAAAGUUUUUAAGUUUGAAGUGGCUCAAAGGAGCUUGAUGCUAUUGUAUAUUUUUGUGCUAAUUGCAAUUUUAUUGUCAGAAAUAUCCAUGUUUAAUCAAAAUUGAUAUUGAAUUUUAAGAAAAUUAAGUAAUUAAAAAAAGAAACUGCAGGUUUUUGGUGUAACCAUCUUGCAUGGAUAAGUCAGGCAUUCCAGGAAAGUGGUUCUUUUCAGAACUUGUCUUUAAAGGGUUGGUGUACUACCUCAGUACAGAGGAAUCAACUACCCUGCCUGUACUGUAUAUAGGGAAACUUAUAUAGAUGAAAGCAAGGCUUGUUUACCAUUAUAAAUAUGCACAAAGGCGGCAGCUAGGAAGAUGUACUUAAUGUAAUAUAGUCCUCUAGCUGCCGCUCUGACACUGCAAACAGUCUAACUGGGCAUGCAAAAUCUCAUCAGAUGAGCAUAAACAAGCCUUGCUUUCAUCGUAUUUUUUAACUGAAUUAGCUGCCUUGCUUAUUCAGCUGUAGUUACUGGUGUAUGAUUGUAAAAUAGUUUGGAUUAAGAUGUUACUUUUUUUUGUAAUGGCUCGCAAAACAUCACAGAGGCACCUCAGUGCUUUUGAGAAAAGCCCUGCAGUGUCCCUUUUCUUCCUUCAGCCUGACAGGUUUUUACUUUUUUUUUUUUUUUGGUUUUUAUUUUUUACGUUAUCAUCCAUAGCAGUGGAACAUUGUGACGGUCACAGUUUAAAGAAAAGAAAAAAAAGAAAACAAACAAUUAUGUCCAGCACCAUGGAAUCGUCCCAUCUUGUCUUGAGGUUUUAGAAAAACAACAAAAAAAUCUUAAUCAUGAACAACUGGUAAUUACACUCCCGCUCUUCAGCCGACUGUGCUUUUGGCCUCUUUUUGGCUGAAAUAAGGCUUGUGUCUUAGUCCGUCAGGGAAUAAUACACAGGUGCAGUUCAGUUGACUGGCAUCGUAUGGGGUCAUUCAACGGAAAAAGGGAUGCUGCAGCUAUGGUUUCUAUUCCAUGUUUAGCCAAAAAGGAAGACUGAACCAUACACCCGGUUUUGUACACAGGUAUUAACUCCCUGUCAAUAAAGCUGUAUCCAUACAACCUUUUGAAAAAGAUGUUAGCAGUUUUAAACUAUUGUUGGUGGCCAACAACGUUUUUGCAUUCCUGCAAAUAAAUGUUUUAUACUGUACAAUGAGGUUGAGUGUAACUUAUUUUUGUAAUAAAGUUGUUUGAUUUUUA